GAAAUUUAUUAAAGCAAAGCGUUAGUGAUAAUGGUAAUAAAAUGACAAUUGUUCGAAAAAUAUCGAAUAAAAAAAUAAAGAGCAGUUAGUUUUUUGUGGUUUGGUCAACUGAAAAGGUUAGUGCAUGUUAAUGCACUAAGAUCUUAGUAACGUUAUAAUGCAUAUACAAUGCAGCGAAAACGGUUAUUUUUAAGAAAUGAAAUUAUCAAAAAUAAGGAAUUUGGUAUUUCGACUUUGUUGCUGGAUGGUUUUUUAUUUUCAUAUUUGGAUUUGCAAAGCCAAACAAACUCGAAGUGCAUUUGUUUCAAACUCCAUCUACUUUAGUGUUUGCAAUUAUAGUCAUUUAAUGAAAAAAGCAACAUAUCGGGUGAAUAGUGAUC